GAAUUAACCGCCUCCUUUUCGAGAGCGUGGUCAGAGGGUUUACAUUGCAGCGCACUUGUUUGGCGUAACCUACAAUCGUAGUUUCUGAUCUACACAAACUCCCCUGUUGCGUAGGUGCAUCGGAUAGGAACAACUGCGGAGGAAUGAGCCGUGAUUCCAUUGACUACAGAUUGAAAUUUGUUAAGCGACCGGACGAGAUCACAGGAGAUGAUGACCCAAACGUUUACAGAGUGGAAAUGUCCUGUGGACACACUGUGGAUCCCAUUUCACUCACGGAAUGGUGUCGGAUCCGUAUCAGCGAGGGUCAUUUCAAGUUCCACUGCCCUGCAGUAAUAGAUGACACAAAUGAAGGCUGUGGAAAGGAAUGGUCCUACUUGGAGGUGUGCAGACAUGCAUUGCUCUCUGUUGAGGAACGACAGGAUUUUGAAGAGAAGCUUGCCACUCUCGCCGCUUCAAGUUACUGUGAAUACAAACAGUGUCCUAGGUGUAGGAGUUAUGUGGGACGGAAAGAUGAGACGAACAUAUCAGUGACUUGUUCAAUCUGCACAGCCAACGAUGGAACCCCAUUUGAAUUUUGCUGGCAAUGUAUGAAGAAGUGGAAAGGCCCAGCUCCACGCUCUGAUAAAUGUGAUAAUGAAGGAUGCAUUAAUAUCCAGCUGGAAACCUUGAAGAAUUGUGACACAAAAUCUUUACCUUACAGCAAUAUUCAGAAUUGUCCUAUAAUCCGUGCUUGUCCGACUUGUGGUUUGCUUAUAGAACAUAAAGAAAUGUGCAAAUAUGUCGUUUGCGUCAGAUGCCAUGUGGAAUUUUGCUUUGCCUGCCUUAGCACAAAGGCAAUUUGCAGUGAAUCAUCUGAGUAUUCUCUUCAUUGUGCUAUACCUGUAGCCCCAAGGCAAACAAGUAUUCCAGUGUGGAAUCGUACUCAAGUUCAGACCUCCAAUUCCACUUCAGAUUCCGAUUCAAUUGGCGGUCCAAAUCCCACCCCAAGUCCCCCUCCAAGUCCCACUCUAAAUCAUAUUCUGACUGCUAUACAAAAUCCCACUCAAAGUCCUGUUCAGAAUCCUUCUUUAGAUCCUAAUUGCACAAUUCUAUAAGUAAACAAUCUAGAUCAGAGAUUGCUGAAAGUACAAAAAAUGCAGAACAGUCAGUUAAACUUCGUUAGAGUAUAUUAUGUAAUUUGUUUGACCCUUCGUUUUCUUGUGACAGAUUGUAUCAGUCAUUGUUCCCAUGGUAAUGUGAUCUGAGAAUCCUCAAGUAGAAUAAAUAAUAGUCAUUUCAUCUUCUAUAAAACAUCCAGCGCGGAUUUAAAGUGGACUAAUGCAUUGUGUAAAAGUGCACGAUAAUUAUGUCUCCUCAUUUUUCUGCAACAUUCUGUGUAUAAUGUGAGGAAAACAUAACUGAUCACCUUUGUAUUUGCAGUGUUCUUCUGCAAGUUCUUCCCUGGCAUUGAAUUGUUUGGCCUUCUUACUUUAUUAAGAUUAAAAGUAUUGACAUGCGAAAUGCAUCAAUAUUCAAAUAUCCCAAAAGAGGCUGAUGCAUUAAGUAGUGCGUCAUCUUGAGUUGUAAUGUCAUUAAAAUAUAUUCAACUAUUUUAUAAUCCUUUGUAAAAUAAAAUUUACGUUGAGCAGAG